AUGGCCGAAAAAGAAUCCGACGCCGCCUUGGAAAUCUAUAUCCGUUUCAACGAUGAUAUGGAAAAGGACUACUGCUUCCAGAUCUCCACCUCCACCACUUUCAGAGACUUGUUGAAGGUUUUCGACACUUUGCCAAUCUCCUUGAGACCCAAUGUGUUCUACGAGCCCCGUCCCACGGGCUUCGUUGUGUCCACUCUGCCCGGUUACCUUACCGAAGACGGUGCAUUGCUCUUCUCUUACGAGACAGACAAGAAGAAAUACCAAAAGAAGGUUGGAUUGGACGAGAAAAUCGCCAAACAUUGUUGGCCAGGCCAGUUGGUCAUGCCAGUUUGGGAAUUCAACCUGUUUGGAUACUACUCUUUCCUCACGUUUUUAUUGACCUGGCUCUAUACUGAUUUGCCUGACUUUAUCUCCCCUACUCCAGGUAUUUGCUUGACUAACCAGAUGUCAUACCUUGCCUCGGUGCUUGCCCGUAAAUUUGGAUAUGAUCACAUUGCCAACUUGGUGCUCGACGAUGUCAGAGACCCUGUCAACAUCGGUGCUCAGUGUGUGUUUUUCUUCUUCCAUUUGAUUAAGGUUCUUGCCUUGUACUUUGUUAUUUGGUCAGGAAUGCUCAACCCAACCAAGGUGUUCCGUGUUCCAUUUACCCUGAAGCCAAAGCAGGUAACCAAGGAGAUGUUGAUUGAGUUGGGCUGGACCGGUUCCAAGAGAGCCAACGCUGACGAAUACAAGGACUUCUACAGAACUUACAAGAUCAAGCAACAUGGAGGUAUGGUGCCUGCCCAUCAGGCUGGCUUGUUCACCAAGUUGAAGAACUUGGGAGUGUUUUUGGGCGAUGGAGAGGGCUUUAACACUCCUCUUGACUCAACUAACAAGUUGGACGAUGCAGGCGACAAGUUUGUGUUGAGCUACGGGCUUUUUGUCAAGCUUGGCGAGUACUUUGAGGACUACAUCAAGGGUAAGCUGGUUGAGGAGGUGAACGAGGCUAUUAAGGAGUUCCGUAGGUACGGACUUUUGCACAGCAGCGAAGAGAUCCAAGAUUUGGUUGCUAAGAGAAAAGCCAACGGUGACCUGAAGCUUGAGUAA